AACCCCCGCCUGUGGGCCGGAAGUGGGUGAUUCCUUCUCGUCUGAUUUGGGAGUGUUUCUGGGUUCUAUGGAAGAGAUGUCGGGUGACAGCGUGGUGAGCUCGGCAGUGCCGGCGGCUACAACUAGGACCACGUCCUUCAAGGGCUCCAGCCCCAGCUCCAAGUACGUGAAGCUGAACGUGGGAGGGGCGCUGUACUACACCACCAUGCAGACCCUGACCAAGCAGGACACCAUGCUGAAGGCCAUGUUCAGCGGCAGGAUGGAGGUGCUGACGGACAGCGAGGGCUGGAUCUUGAUCGACCGCUGUGGCAAGCACUUCGGGACGAUUCUGAACUACCUGCGGGACGGAGCCGUGCCCCUGCCCGAGAGCCGCAGGGAGACGGAGGAGCUGCUGGCUGAAGCCAAGUACUACCUGGUGCAGGGGCUGGCCGAUGAGUGCCAGGCCGCUCUCCAGAACAAAGACACGUAUGAACCAUUUUGCAAGGUACCGCUCGUAACCUCGUCUAAGGAGGAACAGAGACUCAUCGCCACCUCUGACAAGCCUACUGUCAAGCUGUUAUACAAUAGAAGCAACAACAAAUAUUCAUAUACCAGUAACUCCGACGACAACAUGCUGAAGAACAUCGAACUGUUCGACAAGCUGUCGCUGCGCUUCAACGGGAGGGUGCUGUUCAUCAAGGACGUCAUCGGGGACGAGAUCUGCUGCUGGUCCUUCUACGGGCAGGGCCGCAAGAUCGCGGAGGUGUGCUGCACCUCCAUCGUCUACGCCACCGAGAAGAAGCAGACCAAGGUGGAGUUCCCCGAGGCCCGGAUCUACGAGGAGACUCUGAACAUCCUGCUGUACGAGUCCCAGGACGGCCGGGGGCCAGACAACGCGCUGCUGGAGGCCACGGGGGGCGCGGCCGGCCGCUCGCACCACCUGGACGAGGACGAGGAGCGGGAGCGCAUCGAGCGCGUGCGGAGGAUCCACGUCAAGAGGCCGGACGACCGUACCCACCACCACCAGUGAGAGCGCGGCCCGUCCCCGCCCGCCGGACCACCACCGGCGCAGCUCCUCGCGAGCCCCCUGCCCCGCCGGCUCCCUCUACAGGCAGCUCGCUGUAACUGCUGCCCUUUAGCCGGAGUGGCUUCUUUUAAAAAAAAAAAUAUUUGACCUGUCCUCAUGCAUUGCCCCUUUGUUUAAAACCGGCAAAAGAAUCCGUUUUGUUUUCCUUUGUUCCCCUAGAAAUGGCAAAAAACGUGUCUGGCUUGCAUUCCUUCCUUUUUUUUGCAGUUCAGCUAUUCUGUCACGGCCUUCGGCUGUGAGUGGAUUUGAACUUGCCUUCCGGGGCCGAAGCUGUAAAUGCUGCAGAUUCAGAAGUGGCUUUCCUCUGCUCACGCAGACUGAAAGGCACACAUGAGAGCAACAGGGGUUUAAACGGUUAAGUGUUAUGCAACGGUGAGGUUAAGAAAAACAUUUCGGGGGAGACAAAGUGUGCCUGGUGAAGUAGGAAGACUUGCUGCUGCAUGUGGUAGUGGGGCACAUAAGGCAAGCUGGAGAGCAGGCCUGAUUUCUGUGGCCGUUCAGAACACGACUGCCCUAGACCAAAACCUCAGUGACUUUUAGAAACAAAACAAAAAGGCACAAUCAGAACACAAGCUGAACUCAAAUGUCUCCCCCCGCUAGAUUUACGCAACCCUACACUUGUUUUAUAAAAGUUACCUUUGUCUCUGAAAAGAUCUCGGAUUGUGUAAGCUCAAGGGACAGGAAGAUUGUGCAGUUUUCCAGGCUGUGGGAGCUUGGAUCCUUGUGCGUUAUUUGAUAGAGGCACACUAGAUGCUUCUCAAAGGGAGUAGGAGCCUUUACGUUUACCUAUAAAUUAAAAUUAGGCUUCAUGCCCCAGCAUUGUAUUAACGUUAAAAUAGAGGGGCCUUUUUGUCUACAGGGCAAAACACUGUUCAUUCCAAAUCCUGACCAAGCAGCGGUUAAGUAAAAACAACUUUUAGAGAACAAACGAAAGUUUUGCUGCUGUAUAUACAUUUUUUUUUCUGUUCAAUGUAUGUUGCCAUAAAGGGAUUAUUAGUAGCUAACCCCUUUUACCAGUCUGGAAUUGUAUUUGAUAGUUUUGAAAAAUGUCUGUAAUCGGAGAACUCCACUCCAUGUACUGUCUGUUCCUUCUGUGUAUUACUGUGUGCAUUGGCUGUUUUGCAGGCCGUGUCACAAUUAACUUUCUAGAGUGCUGAGGCCUGAGUCACAGGAGUAACUAACAUCUUUGAGAAUUUUUAUUCUCUAAUAUGAAAAUUAAAAGGUUUUAACUUGUGUAUGCUGAGUAAAGCAUCUGAACAAAAACAUAUUGAAGCAAGCGGAGGGCAUUUGUGUUUCUGAAAGGUUAUUGGUAAAUGUCAUGAUAAUACAGUUUGAAUGUUUGGAAAGCAGAGCAGUUAAUGAUUACAGAGAGAAACUGGAGUAUUGCGUGGUUUUACAAUAAGAUGCUGUACUGUAUGGCACAUUAAUCUGUUUUGUGUGGAAUGUGAUGAAUGGUGCAGCUGUGUACUGGAAAUUGAAUGGACAGUACCUUAACAGCGUGUCCAGAUCAUAGCAAGCAGAGGGCAGUUUGAGACACAAAAUAUUAGCUUUGCAGAUUACCGAGCAGAGAGGCAGUAUGAAAUAUAAAAUGUUAGCAAUGCAGAUGACAGCCAGCAGAGGGCGAUGUGUGAUGCAAAUUUGAAGAGUUCCAGAUAAGGUAUAAUGCUGGAGAAUAGAUCCUUAUUGUGAUGUAUAUAUCUACAGUUGAUCAGCUGAGUUGGUUAAUGGAAUGGAAUAAUCAUUGUAGAAAUACAAAGUGGCAACACGAUUACAUUUUUUUCUGGCACUUGUGAGUGUUUGAAUCAUCACUGUGCAUCAUCCCAGCAUAACAGAUAAGGAAUGUAUGUUUGUAUUUUGUAAGAUACAAAUAGGUAUAUUUUACAAUCAUUAUACAUACUUUCUCUUUGUAAAAGUGUGCACAGAGAAAGGCUUAAGCUAUAUUUAUACAUAAUCACAAUAAACGAUUCUGGAGCA